AUGUGGUUAUCGAAAUUCUCUCGCCGAAAAUUAUCUGCCCGCAGUCAAAAGAAAUUCCAGGUAUAUAUUGGCUGAUCUCAAAGUCCAGAUGAUUCCCUUUUCCGAAGUAUGAAUUGAAUCUCGCUCUCGGUUUCACUGUCAAUACGAACUUAUCAGGAGUAGAGACCUUGGUCUUAAGACCCGCUAUAUCCGUAAAUGCACGGAGUAGAUCCGUAGAGCCCUUGAGCCCAUGAGACCGUUUUCCGGAUAUCCUGGUCUUCUAAACAUAAACCCCCUAAAUUAGAAUACCAAGCACCAUGGCGCAACCAGACUACAAGUUUGCGGGAUGGAUAGGCCUGGCCCCCGAGACGGCGGAUGGAAAGAUGGUCUGGCAGGAGUUUGAGCCCAAGGAAUGGGAGGAGACCGAUAUAGACAUCAAAGUCACACACUGUGGUAUCUGCGGAUCAGACCUGCACACUCUCCGCAGUGGCUGGGGCCCUACCAAGUACCCUUGCUGUGUCGGCCACGAGAUCAUCCGUAUCGCCGUCCGCGUCGGCUCCAAAGCCGUUGGCGAUAUCAAAGUCGGAAACCGCUUCGGAGUCGUCGGCACCUACAACGGCAUCCACCUGCAUGGCGGUAAAUCCUACGGCGGAUACUCUCUGUACAACCGGACGCCGUCCAACUUCGUGAUCAAGAUCCCGGACGCCAUACCUUCCGCAGACGCAGCGCCCAUGCUGUGCGGCGGAGUUACCGUCUACAGCCCGUUGAAGCAUAACGGCUGCGGGCCCGGCAAGCGCGUUGGCAUCAUCGGUGUCGGCGGACUAGGUCACUUCGGUGUUCUGUUCACUAAGGCUCUGGGUGCGGACAAGGUCGUCGCUAUCUCGCGCAAAGCGAGCAAGAGUGCCGAUUCGCUUCAGAUGGGCGCUGAUACGUACAUUGCUACUGAAGAUGAGCCGGAUUGGGCGACUAAAUAUGCUCGUUCUUUGGAUCUGAUCGUGUGCACGGUUUCUUCAUCGAAGAUGCCUAUGACGGAGUACUUAGGUCUCCAUGCUACUAAUGGUAGCUUGGUGCAGGCCCGUCUCCCUGAGGAUGGUAGCCUUUUCGCGAACGUACGGAACCUUAUCCCUCGCGUCAAGGUUGAUAGCUCUUUCAUCGGGUCUCCUAACGAGAUUCGGGAGAUGCUCGAUCUCGUUGCUGAGAAGGGGUAAGCCUUGGAUUGAGGAGAUCCCCAUGAAGGAUGCCAAUAAGGGUAUUGGGGAUAUGCAUGAGGGCAAGGCGCGUUACCGUUACAUCCUGGUCAACGAGCAGCAGUAAUGCAUGUUGCUA